AUGCUCGACCUCAAUCUUUUCCGCACGGGAGAAAACAAAGACGGCAAGCCGCCGGGUCUUGUCCGUACAUCCCAGCUCCGGCGCUUCGCGUCCGUGGAGGUCGUAGAUGAGGUGAUCGCGCUCGACGAAGAAUGGCGCCGUUUGCGCUUCUCUCUAGACAAGCUCCAGCAGGAGCUCAACGCCACCGCCAAGAAGAUUGGAAAGCUUAAAGUCGCAGGCAAGGAAGAAGAUGAGGAGGAGGCGAAGAAGCUGGUGGAGGGCACGAACGAGAUCAAGAAGAGACAAGCUGACAUGGAGGCCGAGGAGCAGAAGACCAAGUCCGCGCUCGACGCCAAGCUGAUGGCCAUCGGCAACAUCCUGCACGAGUCCUUGCCCGUCGCCGCCGACGAGGCCAACAACGUGCUCCUGCGCGUGUUCGGAGAUAGGAGGAUGGAACAGAAGCUGAUGAACCACGUGGACCUCUGCGUCGCGCUCGACAUCGUGGACUUGAAGAGGGGCGCCAAGGCCGGCGGCGGCAGGGGCUACUACCUCAAGGAGGAAGGCGAGCUGCUGAACAACGCGCUGGCCUACUUCGGCAAAGCGUUUCUGCGACGGCGAGGCUACAAGCUGAUCGGGACGCCGCACAUGAUGACGAAAGAAGCAAUGGGCAAGUGCGCGCAGCUCUGGAGUAUGACGAGGAGCUGUACAAGCUCGAGGGCGAGGGCAAGUACCUCCCCGCCACGUCGGAGCAGCCUCUGGCGUACUACCACCAGGGCGAGCAGCUCCGUCCCGACCAGCUGCCGAUCCGAAGCCGGCUCGCACGGGCGCGACACGGCCGGCAUCUUCAGAACCCACGAGUUCCAGAAGGUCGAGCAGUUCUGCAUCACCGCCCCUGACGGCGACGCCUCCUGGGAGAUGCACGAGGAGAUGAUCAGGAACGCGGAGGACUUCUACGCGGCGCUCGGCAUCGCCGGUCGCGUCGUCAACGUCGUGUCCGUCGAUCUGAACAACUCGGCCGCAAAGAAGUACGACCUGGAGGCGUGGUUCCCGGCGUCGGGGACGUACAGGGAGCUCACGUAUGGCCAGAGGAAGGACGGCGAGAGGUGCAACAGGUUUGUUCACACGCUCAAUUCCACGCUCACCGCCACGCAGAGGACCCUGUGUUGUAUCCUGGAGACGCACCAGGAGGAGGGCGGUGUUCGGGUGCCCGAGGUGCUGCGACCUUACAUGUCUGGGAUCGACUUCAUUCCGUUCAAGAAACCUCUGGAUCGCCAUGGCGGACCUGCUCGCUCCAAACCAAAGAGGUCUAAAUGA